ACAUGGCGCCACUCCUCACACCGCUUUUAGCAGUCCGUGGUUCGGACGGCACAUCGCUGCUUCGUGGACCACCGAACUGUGAGGAAAAUUCCGCCUUUCAGAGGGACAGCCGACAAAGUAGAUAUGUAACUUUCAGUAAAGACGGUUCCUUGUUCGGAUGGUGUAAUGGAGAAAAGGUCAGUGUGGUUAAGAGCUCAGAUGGCUCUUUGGUUGGAUCUUUUGACCUGCCGAAGACCGCAAUGCUCGAGUUCUCGCCACAGAACAAAGUGCUCGCAACUUGGCAGCCGUACACUAAAACACAGGACAAUCCUCAGGGAGCUCCAAACCUGCAGUUAUGGGACUUUCAAACUGGGAACUGCAUCAAGGCCUUCUACCAGAAAAAGGUCCAAGGAUGGUGUCCUAGUUGGGCUGAUGAUGAAAGUAUCGCAGUUAGAAACGUCAACAAUGAACUUCACUUCUUUGAGAACAACAAUUUUGAAACAAUUGCAAACAAACUUCACCUGCAGAAAGUCUCAGAGUUUGCCCUCUCUCCAGGAAAUCAGCCCAGCAAGGUUGCUGUCUAUGUCCCAGGAGCAAAAGGCGCCCCCUCUUUUGUCCGGCUUUACCAGUACCCCAAUUUUGGUGGUCCCACCUCAGCUCUGGCCAACAAAAGUUUCUUCAAGGCAGACAGAGUGACCAUGCUAUGGAACAAAAAGGCUACUGCCGUUUUGGUGACAGCCAGCACAGAAGUGGAUAAAACAGGUGCUUCAUAUUAUGGAGAGCAGACAUUACAUUACGUUGCUGUCAAUGGGGAGAGUGCUAUUGUCCAAUUGCCAAAGAAUGGCCCCAUUUACGACGUGAUGUGGAGUCCCAACUCCACUGAGUUUUGUGUGGUUUACGGUUUUAUGCCAGCUAAAGCCACCAUCUUCAACCUCAAGUGUGAGUCAGUCUUUGAUUUUGGCACAGGACCGCGCAAUGCUGCCUUCUACAGCCCCCAGGGUCACAUCCUGGUCCUAGCUGGGUUCGGGAACCUGAGGGGCCAGAUGGAGGUCUGGGACGUGAAGAAGUACAAGCAGGUAUCGAAGCCACAAGCAGCGGACACCACGCAUUUCUCCUGGUGCCCGGAUGGAGAGCACAUCGUCACAGCAACCUGCUCGCCAAGGCUACGUGUUAGCAACGGCUUCAAGGUCUGGCACUACACUGGUAGCGUGCUCUACAAGCAAGACACGCCCUCUGGGGCAGAGCUGUGGGAGGUUCUGUGGCAACCGUUUCCUUCUGGAACAUUCCCAGAGAAGCCAGUGAAGUACCAGGCAGCGCCCAGUGAACUGGGAAGCACUGAGGCUAAACCUGCCCAGGCCUACCGCCCCCCUGCCCUCCGCAACAAGCCACAGACGGCCAGCUCCAAACUGCAUGAAGAGGAACCCCCACAGAGCAUGAAGCCUGGUGCAGGUGGAGAGAAACAAAUGUCCAAGUCUGCUCUGAAAAACCAGAAAAAACGAGAGGCUAAGAAAGCCGCUAAACAGGAGAUGAAGUCUGAUGCUCCGCCCACUCAGACAGAGCCCUCUUCAUCCAAUGCUGCCCCUGCAGCAUCCACCUCAGGAGAUCCUGAUACUGACAAAAAGAUUAAGAAUCUAAAGAAGAAACUUAAGGCUAUUGAAGAGCUGAAGGAACAGCAAUCGUCUGGAAAACCACUGCAGAAGAACCAGCUUGAGAAGAUCCAAAAGGAAGCCCAACUGUUGAAGGAACUUGAGGAUCUCGAAUUAGGACUUUAAUAAUAAAAGGACUCUGUUGUUUUGCAUCUAAUCUGAAAUAGUCACUGAACACAAGCUGAGACCAUGCUGGAUGCGGACAAGUUUGUUCUCAUGCAUAUCCUGAAAUCAGCCGUCAUUAGCUGACAGGCAGAUCCGGCAUAAAGAAUGGCCUGCUUUGAUUUCUUUAGCCAUUUGUUUGAAGCCUUACACAUGCAUUUGAAUUGUUAAGUCAUAAUUGCUAUGCAAUGUUAUGUAUGGGGGGGGAAACAGUGAUCGAUCAGAUUUUGGAUUGUAUAUAGUGUAACGUUAUUAGGUUUAAGAUUUGUCACGAAGCACAUUUUUUGUGAUCCAUCUUAAACACAAGUGGAUUUCAGUUUGAUCUCAUCUAGCCCUAUGAGAAAUCAGAAUGGCAUCUUUUUUUCCCUUCCAGUAGACAAAAAACGCAUUUGUGGUUGGAGUUAAUAAAUUGUUUCAAGUUUACAU